AUGAUUACUCCAGAACAUAUCCAAUCAAAUAUAAAGUAUUUUCAAGAAAAUGAUAUUGAAAACGAUAAUGAUUACCAACUGUUGAUGCAACAGAAACACGUUAUGGAACAGAAAUUGAUGGAAAGGAACUAUUAUCACAAGAAUUUCCAACUUUUGUAUUCUCUUGUUGAAAAAUCAAGAAACUAUCAAGAGUUCGUCGACAUUCUAGUCAAUAAUAAGACCCUACUGAAAGAAAUAUUCACUUUGGAAGGACAACUUAGAAGAUCUCAUCAUCUGAUAAAUUCUGAUAAUGUGGAAAUAGACUGGCUGCAUAAAUUUGGCAUCGACAUAAUGGAAUAUAUAGUGAAGGAUCCAAAACUUUUUUCUCUGUAUAACAAUGGUUUACUUUAA